CCAAAAAUUGAAACUUCCAUUUAUGAACCCUAAAUAAAUAAAUAAAAAUCAUAAAUCAAUCUUGCUUCAGUAAGUAAACAUCCAUUAGGGUUUAUGUGAUGACGUGUCGUUCUGUAUUUGAUGCUGGUUUCAUAAGAACUGAAUUUGAUAAAGCUGGAAUCAAUACCCAAUUCAUCCCAUCUAUUUGGAAAUAUGUGAUACAAAACCCAGAUUGUGAAUGGAGAGAUAUUCCAUCAUUGCCUGCAUCAGCAUACACAUUGCUUAGCUCCAAAUUUAAAACAUGCACUUCUGUUAUUGAAUCUGCUCUUGAUUCUACUGAUCAAGUUACUACUAAACUUCUUGUUAAGUUGCAGAAUGGUGCAUCUGUAGAAGCUGUGAUUAUGCGAUAUGAUUCCAGUUUAGGGAAAUAUGGAGGCAAGCAACGGUCUGGUGGCCCAAGAUCAACCUUAUGCAUAUCUUCGCAGGUUGGUUGCAAAAUGGGGUGCACAUUCUGUGCAACUGGAACAAUGGGUUUUAAGAGUAACCUCACUACAGGAGAGAUUGUAGAACAGUUGGUGCAUGCGUCACGUAUAUCACCUAUACGCAAUAUUGUUUUCAUGGGAAUGGGAGAGCCAUUAAAUAACUAUACUGCACUAGUAGAAGCUAUCCGAGUAAUGACAGCAUAUCCAUUUCAGAUUUCACCCAAGAAAAUAACCGUGUCAACGGUUGGCAUAAUUCAUGCAAUAAACAAGUUCCAUGGUGACUUGCCGAAUUUGAACUUAGCAGUAUCUCUUCAUGCACCAGUUCAAGAUAUCCGUUGUAAAAUUAUGCCUGCAGCACGGGCUUUUCCUUUAGAAAAACUUAUGAAUUCUUUGGCAGAAUAUCAAAAGAAAAGUCAGCAAAAGAUAUUUAUUGAGUACAUAAUGCUCGAUGGCGUGAAUGACGAGGAGCAGCAUGCCCACCAGCUUGGCAAAUUGCUCGAGACAUUUCAAGUGGUUGUGAAUCUGAUACCAUUUAAUCCGAUUGGCAUACUUAGUCAAUUUGGAACUAGUGAAGAUCAGAAAGUUACAAUAUUCCAGAGAAUUCUUAGAAAUACGUAUAAUAUACGAACUACUGUUAGAAAACAAAUGGGCCAAGAUAUCAGCGGUGCAUGUGGACAGCUUGUGAUUAGUUCCACCAAGAAGUCUUCAUUAACUGAUAUUGAAGAUCUUCAGCGUUAAGUUAAUUUACGGGUCAAUGUUUUCCCUUGUGAUGUAUUUUAUUGUAUGUCUCAUAGUUUUGACAUAGAGAAAACUUUAACGCUAAAGGAAUUAGCUAGCUUCUACAUUCUUCAUUUUACUGUUGUCUUUAACUAUAUAUCAAAAUAAUACAAUGCUUUAAAUUUAAAUGCAAGUAUCAAAUUGAUUA